CUGCCCUGAGGGAGUGGCAAACAGGUCUCCAGUGACCUUCUGGGCCCUGACUCGCCCUUCUGCCCAGAUCCUCUGUGUCUGGAACUCCUGGGUCCCGCCCAUGCCCACUUUAGCGGAGUUUGCAACGAGGCCUAGCGGCCCAGAGCAAAUAACUAAAUUCUAAGUGCGUGGCCAGUCACCUUACCGACCUCAGAGCCCCUGCACCCAACUCUCAUGGAAAGGCCAGCAGAGCCCGCGCAGCCCCCUGGAGCCUUCCAAGCGCCGGCCUCGUAGGAUGGGCUCCCUCGGUCCCACGCCGCCGCUGCCUGCGCUGCUGCUGCUGCUAAUGUUGGGAGUUGGGUGCUGUGCCCGAGAGGUGCUGGUCCCUGAGGGGCCACUGUACCGCGUGGUUGGCACAGCCGUCUCCAUCUCCUGCAAUGUUACUGGCUACGAGGGCCCUGCCCGGCAGGACUUUGAGUGGUUCCUGUAUAGGCCCGAGGCCCCAGAGGCUGCACUGGGCAUUGUCAGUACCAGAGAUACCCGGUUCUCCUACGCUGUCUUUGGGCCCCGUGUUGCAGCCGGCGAAGUGCAGGUGCAGCGUCUGCAGGGUGAUGCCGUGGUGCUCAAGAUCGCCCGCCUGCAGGCCCAGGAUGCCGGUGUUUAUGAGUGCUACACACCCUCCACUGAUGAUCGCUACCUGGGCAGCUACAGUGGCAAGGUGGAACUGAGAGUUCUUCCAGAUGUGCUGCAGGUGUCAGCUGUCUCCCCAGGACCCCGAGGCCGCCAGGCCCCAACUUCGCCCCCUCGCCUGAUGGUGCAUGAGGGGCAGGAGCUGGCACUGGGUUGCCUGGCACGGUCGAGCACGCAGAAGCACACACACCUGGCGGUGUCCUUUGGACGCGCUGUGCCUGAGGUGCCGGUGGGGCGAGCAACUCUGCAGGAAAUUGUGGGACUCCGGCCGGACCUGGCUGUGGAGGCUGGUGCUCCUUAUGCUGAGCGGCUAGCUGCUGGGGAGCUGCGACUGGGCAAGGAGGGGGCUGAGCGGUACCGCAUGGUGGUGGCGGGUGCCCAGGCAGAGGAUGCUGGCACCUACCACUGCACUGCCACCGAGUGGAUUCAGGAUCCUGAUGGCAGCUGGGCCCAGAUCGCUGAGAAGAGGGCUGUCCUGGCCCAUGUGGAUGUGCAGACGCUGUCCAGCCAGCUGGCAGUGGCAGUGGGGCCUGGCGAACGUCGGAUUGGCCCAGGGGAGCCCUUGGAACUGCUAUGCAAUGUGUCAGGGGCAUUGCCCCCACCAGGCCGUCACGCUGCAUACUCCGUAGGCUGGGAGAUGGCACCUGCAGGGGCACCUGGGCCUGGCCGCCUGGUAGCCCAGUUGGACACAGAGGGUGUGGGCAGCCUGGGACCUGGCUAUGAAGGCCGGCACAUUGCCAUGGAGAAGGUGGCAUCCAGAACCUACAGGCUGCGGCUAGAGGCUGCCCGACCUAGUGAUGCGGGCACCUACCGCUGCCUUGCCAAGGCCUAUGUCCGAGGGUCUGGGGCCCGGCUUCGUGAAGCAGCCAGUGCCCGAUCCCGGCCCCUCCCCGUGCAUGUGCGGGAGGAAGGUGUGGUACUGGAGGCUGUGGCGUGGCUGGCAGGAGGCACAGUGUACCGUGGGGAGACUGCCUCCCUGCUCUGCAACAUCUCUGUGCGGGGCGGACCCCCAGGCCUGCGGCUGGCCGCCACCUGGUGGGUGGAGCGACCUGAGGAUGGCGAGCUGAGCUCAGCCUCUGCCCAGCUAGUGGGUGGCGUGGGCCAGGAUGGUGUGGCAGAGCUGGGGGUCCGGCCUGGAGGAAACCCUGUCAGUGUGGAGCUGGUGGGGCCCCGAAGCCAUCGGCUGAGACUACACGACUUGGGGCCCAAGGACGAAGGCGUGUACCACUGUGCCCCCAGUGCCUGGGUGCAGCAUGCCGACUACAGCUGGUACCAGGCGGGCAGUGCCCGCUCGGGGCCUGUAACAGUCUACCCCUACACACAUGCCCUGGACACCCUGUUUGUGCCCCUGCUGGUUGGUGCAGGGGUUGCCCUAGUCACUGGUGCCACCGUCCUUGGCACCAUCACCUGCUGCUUCAUGAAGAGGCUCCGAAAACGGUGAUUCCUUCCCCACCAGUUCUCGCAGGUGUUGACUGUCUUCCAGCCCAGCACCAAGCCCACCUCUGGUUGCCUGGAUACCUUCUCCCUCUGUCCAACGUUCUUUUAAUUUAUUUGACCUACCCCUACCCAGAGUGGAGGGCAUGGCCUCCAUUCCCCACUCCUUCCUUUCCAGUUCCUCCCUCUGGCCUUCUGUUGAUCUCAUACCCAGCCCUGUCUUAGAAUUAGUUUUUCUAAAAUGUGAAUAAAUUUGUUUUAUAAAAUCCA